AUGGGAAAAAGCUUGCAUACCCUUACGCAUGGAUGGCAGUAUCAGAUAAAACCAGCAACAGUGCAAUGCAUUGUUGGGGAUGCCUUAACAAAGAUUACAAAGUUGGGAAGAAAGGAGCUUGGCUUGGUUGGUGCAAGCCGAACUGAUGCAGGUGUCCAUGCGUGGGGUCAGGUUGCGCACUUCACGACUCCUUUCUUUUUUGAUCAGUUGGAAAGUUUGCAUGCAGGCCUUAAUGGCGUUCUUCCUCCUGAUAUUAGGGUGAGAGAGGUAGCUGCAGUGAAAACUGAUUUUCAUGCACGAUAUUCAGCUUUAAAGAAAACUUAUCAUUACAAGAUAUACAAUGAUGCUAUUAUGGAUCCAUUUCAAAAUCUUUAUGCAUACCACUUUGCCCACAAGCUCAAUAUUGAUGUCAUGAGACAGGCUGCCAAAUAUUUCAUUGGGCAACAUGACUUUUCUGCCUUUAUAACAAUGUCACGAGGAGGUUUACCUACAGAUCCCAGGAGGGAGAUUUUUCGGUUUGAUGUAGUUAAAAUG